AUGCCAAGCACAAGCAAGCCGUGUCACAACUGUCGUCGUCGACGCCUGCGCUGCGACCGCUCAUGGCCAACAUGCCACAAAUGCGCGGUCUCAGGGCAGGAGUGCCUCGGGUACGGCAAGGUGUUCGUGUGGACGACACAGGCGAUUGAUUCUCAUGGCAAUCUGAAACCCACGCAAUCCAGCCGCCAUGCUACAGAUCCCCACGUCUCCGCGGCGUCGAGCACUGCUACGAGCCCCAUCAUGAUGAGCAGCAGUGAUGCGACGCUUCCCCCAUCAAAUCCUCACCAGGGGCACGCUCAACCCCUAAUGCAAACGAACGAGUCCAUGUGCCCAGCACUUUCGCCCGAGCCUGGAACCGCAUCAGCCAUGGUACUCACAGAUCCCGUUUUUCAAGACCUGGACCGCCCAUCCAGAUCUUACCUCGCUUACUUCGCUGAUCGUGUUUGUCAAGACCUUGUCGGCAGGGACAGCCCUGGCAGUAACCCGUUCCGGGAAUUGUUACCGAUGACAAGAAAGCACCCCCUUCUACUCCAGAUUCUCAUUGCCACCUCAGCCAUCCACUGGUCCAAUAUCAUCCGGCCAAUCACAGACAUAUCUACCGGCCUCACCGACCCCGGUGGAUAUCUUGCCUCGCUUAGGUCGAGGGACUUGGUGUCCCGCCAAGCCCUCAUCGAUGCCCUCACUGCCAAGCAGAAGGCGAUGGUUCAUAUGCGCGAGGUCCUUGAUACCUUGGAUCCUGCAGGGAGUGAAGUCGCCUUGGCCGCCAUGCACUUCUUCAUCAAGUUCGAUCUCAUCGAUGUUGAGAAGAAAGAUCCAUCUAGUUGGAAAGCACAUCUUGAGGGCGCAGCUAGCAUCAUGGCAUUACUAACACCAGACAAUAUGAAGAGUUCUUCGAGUAGGACGCUUCGAGAUUGUGUCAUUGCGGACUGCUUCAUCUACCACAUAUUUGGCUCCACACUCUCGUCAGGAGGUCUGGCAGCUCGGAUUGCUAAAUACGCGUUCGAUUUACUACCAGUUAUGAAGCGAGUGGAGGUCACGAGUUCGCUAUCAUGUCCUCCAGAAAUACUCCAAAUCAUCCUCAUGGCUUCACAGUUAUCCUAUGAUACCCCUUGCACCGACACUUGGUCGCUUCCCCCAACAAGAGAAGCUCUUUCUCUGAUUGACCAAGCGCUGACCUUCGAUAUCCCAGCGUGGGCAGAGCAGCUACGCCAGAUUCCACACAUCACAGAUGUCGAAAGUCGAGUACAUGUAGCUUCUGCGCAUCGAUCUGCGGCCUGUUUAUACAUCCUGCAGGCGUUACCCCUUGUCCGUUCCUUAAGACCGGUCGAUACAGACCUACUGGUCAAAGAUAUUCUAGAACAUGUUGCUGCUUUGGGGCACGAUGACCCCUACUUCAAAGCUUCAUCAUGGCCAACAUUCAUAGCCGGGGCCGAAACGUGCGAUGCAGAAAAACGCACUUGGACCCUGAAGAGACUGCUGGACAUGUGGGAAACAUGCCGCUGGGGAUAUAUCUUUACUGCAAUCGAGAUGCUCAAAGCAACUUGGCAACUACAAGAUGCUGCAGCCAAGGCCGGUAACAUGGAUAGUCGAGCACACUGGCUACAGGAUUUGAAAGGGCUAGGCUUUGAACAUUUGAUUGUUUAA